ACCUUGAAACAAUCGCUAUUAACAUAAUUUCCGUCCCUUGAAUUAAAUAUUAUUUUGAAUCUGUCCACUCUAAGAAUUUUAAGUUUUUAUUAGUGAGAGGACCCCUGAUGUAAAAAUAACUCUUACGAUUUUCCUUUUCUUGGCUGAUUCUGAAUCCUGAAUCAUGUCUAUCUUAAGCAAAAGCAAUGGCAACAACAAUAUAGGGACGCUGUCAUUCCAUGAAGUUAAGAAGCAAACCUCUUUCUUCUUCAAGGAAAAGAUCAAGAGUGCUAGAUUAGCUCUCACUGAUGUCACACCAGCACAACUGUUGACUGAAGAAGCUACGAAUGGGAAUUCAUGGGCUCCAGAUAGUCCUACCCUUGGAUCCAUUUCAAGGGCUGCUUUUGAAGUUGAUGAUUAUUGGAGAAUUGUGGAGAUCCUACACAAGAGAUUCUUGAGAUUUGAGAGAAAGAACUGGAGGCCCUCUUACAAUUCCCUUAUUAUACUUGAACACUUGUUGACUCAUGGACCAGAGAGUGUGGCAGGGGAGUUUCAGAUUGACAAAGAUGUUAUUAGGGAGAUGGCAAGCUUUCAGUGUAUAGAUGUGAAAGGAUUCAACUGGGGUCUCGCAGUUAGAAAGAAAUCAGAGAGAAUCUUGAACCUGCUUGAAAAAGGACCUCUUCUCAAAGAAGAAAGAGAGCGAGCUAGAAAGGUGACUAGAGGGAUUCAGGGAUUUGGUAGCUUCUGCCACAGUUCUUCAUCAGCGCGAGGCAUUCUACAGGAAUCUUCUAAUGGGACAUUUGCAAGAAGUAUUUCUCAGAAUGAUUCCUGGGAAAAUAAACUCUUGUCCCCGAAAGAAGAAAAUUCGAUCCAAACAUUUCAAAAGAGCCGAAAUGACGCAAAUUAUGAGUCUGGCCAGAAAAGGGUGAAUCUGGAUUCUUGGGAUAGUGUCAACAAUUGGCAGGUGCUCGAGAAACCUAGAACAAAUCUCAAAGAAAACUUGGCUCCUAAAAAGGAAGUACAUCAAUGGAACGACACAAGGGAGGCUACUCCACUUUUGGCUGGUAGGAGAGAUGAACCAAGGAUCGUUGAGGAAGAUCAUCCCUUCAGUGAUGCUGAGAACCAAACUACUGCUUCCCUCCUUUCAGCUAGAGAUGGGAUAUUGCAAGGAUGUUAGGAUUUCAAUCUAGUAAACAACACAUCUGCGAAUUUCUUUGUACAAUUAGUCAGUGGCCCAGGUUUUUUCUUAUCAUACUUGAUGCGGGUUUGACAAUUAUAUCCCCACAGAAGAAUCAGGCGUGCAUUGAAUUUCUGUUAUGUUAAUGUAUAAUGAGAUAAGACGGGUUUGUUUAGCACCUUUUGAAAUGCUUAUCAACUGCCUUUGCUUUUGAUCAA